AAGAACUGGUGACGUAAUCAUUGAAGGCGAUAAUAAUGAUAGAUUUUUCUCAAUGAGAGAAGAAGCUUGAAAACUUACCUUUACAUUUACUUUCUCCUCAGUAUUUCGUUUCUCUGAAAACAGAUGGACUUUUGACUUUCUUUUCACCGAAAUGGAUACAUUUGUCCCUGGAAAUAAGCAUUCGGGUGGUUUCUCUUAAAACAGGAAUUUUCUCUCUUAAGUAUGACUGCAAGUGAGUGUUGUUAUUUUAGAGAUUAUAAAUAUCUUAAACAUAUCAUAAGCAUCUGAAAGUGACUUUUAUCUACUUAGCUUUUCAGAAUUAUUUCACUUCCAAGUUUAAGUUUUGAUAUUUGCAUAUUUGAAUGAUUUCAUGAAUAUUUGGAUAAAUGUGCAGAUGAAACUAUAGGUUUUGAAAACGCAGCGGAACUAAUUCGAAAUUAGUAAAACUCGUAUUUGAAGCUAAUUUAAAACUCAGUUAAAUCAACUGGCAAAUAUCACGCAUUAUAUUUUUGACAACUGGUGUGCUUCUAAGUGAAAUAAUUAUUUGACAUCAAAUAUGAUUUUACUGCAUCUUUACAAAAACCUCUAUGGUCUGUUUGUUUAUUGUACAUUUCUUUGAACAAGCAAUAACGUAGCAAAACUGUUUAUAAUUUAAACUCUUCUGUUUCAGUUAAGGAUUAUAGCAACACGUGGAUGCUAUAAAUUAUGCUCAAUAUUUUAAAGUUUGAACCUUUACGUAGAGUAUUUGCCCAUUAUACGAAGUAUUUUUUAAGAAAAAAAUUACUCAUUAGAAAAACAUAAAUUAAUGAAUAUGAAACACGACAUUUUGGAGAUAUAGAGAUUUCUCUUCAAAUCCUUACGUUCUUAAGAAUCAUCAACAUUUUCCAAAUUUUGGCCAUAUUUAAGGGAUAAAAUGAAUAUACUUAUUUGACAAUUUCCACAGUAACUGAUAUGAGUGUUUACAAAACUGCAUCCAAAUAUAUUUCCUUAAAUUUGUGAAUUUAUCAAUUUUGGUCAAAUCACAGAACAGGAAAAUAACUCAUUUUUGUAAAACAAAAGUCCAUGACACGCCAGUUAUCUGAAACAAUUCUUUAACUCGAUAAAAGUAAUGUAAUAAUAAUUUUCAAAUUUUUUAGUAUUGUGUCAAAUGUCACGCAGAUUGCUUCUGCAGAAAGUGGGCAGGAAAGGAAAGACGUGAAAAUAGUUGGAGGAUGUGUGCGCAUCCGUUCAAGGAAUUUUCCCUGCGCCCCCAUCACUUCUUAAAGAUGCCGCUGCCAGGACGAUUCAGGAGUCCAAACUGACCGGAGUUUUCUCCGGACGUUCAGCGGAGAAGGACGAUGGCGCGAAGGCAGUAUCGUUCGCAGUCAGUUGCCAACUCAGACCCUCGAAGUCCAUAUUUUACGAAUGACUGGCUUCAGACCACGCGAGGCAGAAUGCUUCGUCGCUCACCAAGUGUGGCUUGCGUACCUCAUUAUGAUGCCUGUUGCACUAGGACCUACAAAAACUUUGAAAGAAAAAGAAGAAGUAACAUUCCUGGCCUCAACCUAACUUUGUCUCCUACUGAUCCCAAAGCUACCACAAUUCGUCAGCAUUACUAUCCCGAAGGCGGUUGGGGUUGGAUUGUAUUGUGCUGUGCACUCAUUAUGAAUAUUAUUGCAAGUACAAUGCAGAUUUCAGCAGGAUUCCUUAUACUCGAGAUAAGAAGCCACUUUUUAAAAGGCCAGCAGUCUGUAGAACCAGUUGUUGUUUGUGCUGCGUCAACAGCGGUAUCAUUUCUUCUGGCCCCCAUUGUAGUCGCCCUCUGCAAGAGGAAGAGCACUCGUUUACUUGCUGUUUUGGGUGGUAUCAUUACCUCACUAGGAUGUCUUUUCACAUCAUUUGCAUCACAACUACAUCAGCUUUACCUCAGUUACGGACUUUUUAUAGGAUCAGGUGACUGCUUAGCUCGAGAAACAGCUGCUAUCAUCAUAGGCCAGUACUUUAAGAAAAGGCGCUUUCAAGUUGAAAUGAUGUUUCUCAUGGGCUAUGGAAUUGGCAUCGCUACAAUGCCGUUAGUUCUGACUUAUUGGAUCAG